CAAUAUUUGAUAUUAGGUUAUUUAUAUUAUCAAAGUUAAUCUAAUUUUAAAUUCUGGUGAAAUCGAAUUAGUGAUCAUGUCUUCAAAUGACCCAACUUCAAAGUAUCCAGCUGAUCAAGUCACAGCAAGACUUAUUGCACUGGAAAACAGAACAGGAUACAGAAUGCAGCAGUUUAAUGGACAGAGAAAGUUUUGGAAUCCGAAUUGGAACAAACCAAUUCCACCUCGUGGCUGUGAAGUUUUUGUCGGGAAAAUUCCACGCGACCUUUUUGAAGAUGAACUUGUUCCAUUAUUUGAAAAAAUCGGCAAAGUUUAUGAAUUGCGACUGAUGAUGGAUUUUAGUGGAUUUAAUCGUGGUUAUGCAUUUGUGGCUUACACGUGCCGUGAGCACGCACAAUUGGCUAUCAAUCAACUUGAUAAUUAUGAAAUAAGACCAGGCAUGCGCAUCGGAGUUUGCAGAAGCGUAGAUAACUGCAGGUUAUUUGUUGGGGGCAUUCCUAAAGAUAAAACUCAGCAAGAAAUCAGACAAGCAAUGUGUGAAAUAUCAGAAGAUGUUAGCGACGUAAUUGUCUACCCAGGAAGUAUUCCUGGUGAACAAAACAGAGGCUUUGCAUUCGUCGAAUACAGCACACACCGUGCUGCUGCCAUGGCCCGUAGAAAGUUAAUACCUGGGCGAAUAACUUUAUUUGGUAGUGAAGUGGUAACUGACUGGGCUGAACCUGAAGUGGACGCGACAGAUAAGACCAGUCGAAUAAAAAAUGUCUACGUACGGAAUCUUAAACUUACAACAACUGAAUUGCAAGUUUUCAACGCUUUUAAUGCUGUUCGACCCGGUGCUAUUGAGCGUGUUAAAAAGAUCGAAGAGAGAGAUUAUGCUUUUGUGCAUUUCCAACGCAGAGAAGAUGCAAUGUUUGCUGUUCAGGUAAUGAAUGGACAACGUAUCGACGGGCAAGAGGUACAAGUGUCACUGGCAAAGCCACCAUCUAACAAACAUGAUGCAAAUAGUUCAACAAUGCAAGCAAUGCAACAGCGUGCAUCUGCUACUCCAUCUCCCUCCCAUCUACAAGUAUACGAUCGUAUGAAAAGCAUGAUGAUGUCAAACACCAACCCACAACCUACAACAUUCAUACAGCCGGUCAAAUCCAUGCCACCAGACUACAACACCCUCACACAAGCUCAAGCAGCUGCCAAGCUUCAGCAAAUGCGUUAUCAGCAGCCACCCCCUAUGAACCAAUACCCUGCCAAAAGCACGCCUACAAACCCCCCUCCAUAUAUCUACCAAACACCAGAGCCCCAGAAUGCAUCAAACUCAACUGUAAAUUACAUGGCACAACUCAUCAUGAAAUAUGGGUUAGCAAAUGGCUCUACACCAGUUUCUACACUUGAUCAUAUUGCAAAGAUAGAUUGCCCAGUGUUUUAUCUUGAUGAAGUAAGCCUAAUUUUCAACAACGGAAAACGUCCAGAAUAUUGUUUGUUAAAUGAUGGAAACCGAGGAAACACAAAAUAUGCGUUUGCUGUCCACUUUAUGGGGGAGAUGUAUAUUCCAACACCAGAGCUAUAUUUCUACAAUAUACCAGAAGCCAAAAAUAAAGCAGCAAAACGUGUGCUGGAACAUAUAGAUUCGUGGAUGAAGAAAAAGGUUUUUGAUCUUGUGAAUGACAACAAUGGAUACUUAACCAAACAGACCAAUGGUUUCGGCAAUCAGCCACCUAACUCUAAUGCUUCUAAUGUUUCUAACACUACUUCUGCAUGGGGCACAGUAGAGAAACCUUCUGUUGAUUUUGACUAUCUACGUUCUGCAACAACUUUUAAAAACAACAUUAACGUUUUUCCCAAAUCAACAAUCACAAGUGACAGCUUCAAUGUGAAGUCACAGAACAGCAUUGUGACAUCAUCAUUGGGGUGGACAAAUGGAAUGUGGGAUCAAAUGAAAUAUUCAAAUGGGAUGGAAGCAAAGAGCACUGUUGACUUCUCAAGCUUAGUAAACAACUCAUCUUACGCAUCUUCACUCACAACAACUACCAGACCCCAGCUAUCUUCACUAACACAACCAAAAUCUGCAUUUGAUCGAGUUGGCCUUUGCUCAGACAGACUCAGCUCUCUGAACUUUGACUUUUAAAUGACCUUACACUUUAAUCUGUAAGGUAAGAGAGUGGUGCACAAUUGGUGCGCAGCCCAAAAAAAAUAAAUAUAAAAAUUUUAAAACAGUAAAUUCAGCCCCCCCCACUGUUUUAUUGUUUUAAUUGAACCCUUUUUUUGUGGCUGCGUCACUGCAUGACACACAAAGACACUUUAAAUGCACAAUGGAUUGUACAUAUCUUUAUAAACUGUCACACACACACAUGGUUGUUAAUUUUAAAGCAAGUAUUAAGAAUGAUGUAACUUGUAGCUUAUCAUUCUUCUUAAGUUGUCACAAAUUAAUUUUAUUCACAAAUUUGUUUUAAUGAUUUUAUCACCUGAUUUUAUCACAAAUCUAAAACCAUCUGUUUUUAUUGUGGAAAAAAUCAUUUGUUUUUAACCCACAAGUUUUAAGCUGUAAUUUCAUCAUAGCUACUUAAAUGAAAUAGACAGUUUGAAUCAAAAUUGUUUAAAACUAAGAAAUCAGAACUAUAAUAAUAUGUACUCAUUUUUAAAUCAAACAAUUUUGGAAGCAGAUUUUGAUGAUUUAAUUAAUUUGAAAACAAAUCUGUAUAUAUCGUUUUUUUCUGUAAAAAUGUGUUUCAGUUCUUGUUCGUUUUAUUUUUCGUUUAAAAGUUCGUUUUUCAGACAGUUUUAUUAAACAAUAAAAGAAUUUUUGAGAUUUAAUAACAA